ACGACAACUACAUAAUAUUUACCAACAUGGUGACGUAUUACAAGCCUCGCCUUGAAAAUGGAACUAAUGAGCUCAUUACCAGAGAACACUAUCUUCAUAUCCCUGUUACUUGCUAUCUGGAGAGGACACAGGUCUUGGAAGAGUCCUUCUUGCCUAAAGGAGAUCUUUAUGUUUCCGGAGAGGAAGGAUACGGUGAGUUCUCGCUGAACCUUGACCGGUAUACAAACUCAGGCUUCUACCAACCUGCCAAAGAUUCCGGCGAAGUUAUGCUCGGCACACCGCUAUACUUCGGCGUCCGUCUGACGUCCGUCACGAACCUAACGCUUCUCAUCGAGUCGUGCUGGGCAACGAGCUCGCCGGACCCACGAGACGAUCACCGCUAUGAUAUCAUCGAGAAUGGAUGUGCCGUGGACAGCACAACAGUCAUCUACAAUUGGGCCUCUUCAACUUUCAAGAGAUUCAGUAUCGAUGCUUUCACCUUCAUUGGCGGUUACGACAAGGUUUACGUCCACUGCUCAAUCUUGAUCUGUGACAACAACGACUCGGGCUCCCGCUGCGCCCAGGGAUGUCUAGCACGAUCUCGUCGAAGUCUGCUGCCCACAGGCUCCCGGUCCAAACCACACACCAUCACGAUCGGACCGAUAUCCGAUGCCCAGCGCUCCCAAAGGGCUAUGCUGAUUAAUACCAUUGAUGACGGACCCGAAUCUCAUGACCCCCUGAUGAUCGUGGCUGUGAGCGCCCUUUGUGUUCUCAUCGCUCUUACUGUCAUCAUGGCGCUGAUGAUGGUGCGCAUGCGUCGUCGUCGCCCCGAGCUGACUGGCUAUCGCAGAGUGGGCAUUACCGAGCAGGAUGCCGAGAGAAAGAGAGGAGAAUAAGAAGACGAAGAAAUCGCUUUGAUUGGAGUAAAAUUAGUAGUAUAAUUUACGAAGUGACAAAGUCCUCUUUGCACGGAAUCACUUUGAAUAUUCGUUGCUAUCCUCGGACUAGUGUUGAUGAAGACACCUCUGAAAUAGGAAAACCUUUGGAUUCACGAUAAAUGCUAUGAUUUUAAUUAAUGCAGCCACUUAGUGAUAGAUAUCUUAUAGAUAAAUUGCAAUUUUAGACGGUGUCAUGUGUUUUGUUUCAUCAGUUUUUUGCGCAUAAAACUUUUGUAUGAUACCCAAACCGAACUAUAGAAUGGUACUUAGCUGGUAGAAGAAAGCCUUAAAAUGAAUGCAUAUAAACCUCUACGAGUAUGUCUUUUAUGCUUUUUCGUGUAUUUCUAGAAAGGUCUUCUCAAACUUAGU